AUGCACGCAAACUGGACGCUGUGCGACGCCGUGCGACGCCUGGGGGACGUGCACAUGCCUGGCGGCUGGCGGCUCAGCUACCGCCGGGUGCAUGUACCUCCCGUGCCUGCGCGCGAGCCAGAUAGGAGCACCGAGAUCUGGCGAAGGAGGCGGUACCUGCCGCCGGACCUCCACGCCGAUCCCGCCUACGCCAUCGAGUCUGACAGCUGGCGCACCUGGCUCGUGUCCAAGAGGGAUCAGAGGAGGAGGGCGAGACAACAGGCGCUGACGCGUGCGCAGCAGGCGACGACGCCUGCGCAGUAUGACGACGACUACUACUACAUCGAGGCGUUGGCGUACCACAACGAGGAGGUCAAGGACGACAACAACGACUACGUCGCGUACAUCUUCCAGGAAUGGCGGCUAGCCAUGGCGGAGGGCCGCAAGUUUGAGUACCCGGACAACAUGACGGAUGACGAGAUCGCGAGGCUCGGUGUCCUCGUCUCGGAGAACGACCGGCCUGUGCAGCCGCCGCUGCCCAGGUUCAACACGUAUAAGGGACGUACGUAUGCCCUAGUAGACCAUCGCCUUCCAGAAAACCCAGCUAGCGCGAUUGAUUCGGAGCUGCACGCCAUGGACCCGAGCCGAGAGGCUGAACUCGCCUGCUUCUUCCUGGACGUGAUGCGCUUCAGCGACCCCUCGCCGGCGCCAGAGCACGAGAUGUUGCUGCAGCAGCACAGGCACGCGGCGCCCUCGCGAGAGCAGGGCUACGGGGCGCUGAAUCGGAUGAUGCAAGGGCUCCAGGCCGCGCGGCAGUUCUGGCCCCAGCCCGCCUACUACCCGUUGGAGGAGAUGGGCUCAUUGAGCCGGGCGCCGGCCAUUAACGCUUUCGUCGUUCCCACGCAGAGCCCCUGGCCGUACCAGUCCGUCGCGGCCUCCUCCUCGUUGAGCGCCGGCGCUGGCCAGUGCCAACCUGCGCCCUCGGCGGCCAGCAACAGCCUGCAAUACCAGCAUUGCUCCAUCGCCAACCAGACCGUGCCGGAUUACGCCAGUAGCAUCAACCAGAGGCUGAGAGCGAUCCGGGCCCAAGCGCCGGCGGUUCGGCGGUGCCAGAGCCACACACUGGAGGAAACCCGGUCGCAGCUGCUUUGCAGCGACAUGGAGCUGCAGUUGGUGACGUUCCCGAACUCGGCUGCGCACGUGGUUCGGCUGCUCCAGCUCCAGGAGGAGGGGAGCGAGCUGAUCCGGCGCAGCGUGCUCGCCGGGGCGACGCGCCGUGUGCACGACCUGAUGGACGACAGGGAGGGGCGCGAGGUGUUGGCGGCGCUGCUUCGCGCCUGCGCGGGGCGGUACGUCGAGGUCAGAGCUAUCGUCCAAGCCGCCGCCGUCGCGCACAACCCCAACGGGCGGCACUCGCUGCUGCGACUAGCUAAGCACGAUCACGGGGAGACAUGCCUAAAGGAGCUGAUGACGGCGGCGGCGCCGUACGCCGACCUGUGCGCGAUGCUGGUGGACCGCUUGCUGCGUGAAGGCGUGCUGGAGCACGACAGAGGAGACCGAGUGCUGCAUCACUGCUUUGCAACCAUGCGUUACGAGGACUGCGUGAUUCUGGUGAACGACGCCAUCGACAGAUUUGGCUCGCUGCUCAAUUCCAAGACUGGGUUGGGGUCCAGGUGCCUGGUGGAGUGCUACGCCAUAGCCAGAGGCGACGAGCUACGCGACUUACAGGAGAUCCUCCUUGAGCACGCCCACGUCAUCGCCACGGGCCAGUACAGCAACUACUUCAUCCAACACGUCCUGCAGUGUGGUGACGACGAGAUGAGGCAGCGCCUCGCGGAGCGCCUCAUCGACGAGGUCGUGAUCCUGUCCCUCGACUGCUACGGGAGCUACGUCGUGGAGGCGUGCUUCCAGCACACGGGGCAGCAGCGCCGCGUGCUCGCGGCGUUCCUGCUCCUGGACGACGCGCAGCUCGCCCAGGUAGUGCAGGGGAAGCACUCCAACUACGUCGUCCACAAGCUGCUCGAUGCCACCAUAGACAGAUUCCCUGGGGAGACGAUGGCGCUAGCGCGGCGGAUCCACAGUUUGCUGCCGCGGAUCAGGAACAAGAUGUACGUCAGGACGGUGAUGUCGGUCGUCAAGGAUCUCAUCGCCCGUUACGGCCGGAUGUAUGGCUGA